AUGGGCUGGCAAAGGAAAGUCUCCCCAUCACCCCAAACAUCAAACACCGCCUCCUCCCGCCACCUGAUGCCGCAUCUCACAUGCUCGGAGCGCGAAGACACCAACAGUGGAAUGAAUUACAUACAUCUCACCCAAACGCUUGUCGAAUCGUUCAACGCCCUUGCCGAUGAAGUCCAGAUCCUGACUGACAGGAAGACGAUCCUAGAGCACAAGCUCAGGUUCGCCCAUGAGCAGUAUCAGUACAUCGCAGAUAAAUAUGCACCGGCUGCUCCUGAAAUCUCCGAAGUCCUGGCAAAGCUACAGCUCCCGCCCGAGCUCGCAAAUCCAUCUUUAGAAGACGCGAAUCCUGUACCCCUACCGAGGCGCAACAAACUGGACACCAGAAACCAGAUUGCCCUCAUCAUUCGAGACGGCCGGCGUGUGGCCCAGCAACUCACGUCCAUCGGCGAAACGAGCAAGACGAGCGAUUCUAGCAGAGAAACUUCUUCCCGCGAAGCCCGCACCGUAACUUCCAUGUCGACCGUUCUCGAGCAAGAUUUCACCAUCGAGGGAAAGAAGGGGUCUUUAGAAUGCCCCUUCUCCUCGCCAAAAGCUGAAGGUGAUGGUGUUGGCGACGCACAUAAUGCAGAGGGAGGGUCGCAGGAUCCUACGCCUCACCACUCUGCAGACCCCAUCUGUGCCGCCAUGUUCGAGGAAUCCACAUCUCAACCGGCUCCUGGCGCUGCCGACUCGCCUGCGAAAUGCCCGAUACGCUACUUGGACCAGCACUCCCCCGAGGAGAUUGCACACUACGUCGAAACACACAAGCACGAACUCCCUCGCAGCCAUGAGGUCUGCGUGCGAAGAUAUCAGAAGAACGAGGUACAGAUCAAGAAGUUGGAUGCCAAAUACGGCAACUUGGUCAACAUGAUUCAGGGGCUUAGUGCGCUGCAUCAACCCAUGUUGCCGGAGUCUCAACGGGAGCAGGAAGAGAUUGACCGAGCCUCGAAUGAGAGGGUGCACAACUGGGCGAAGGACGUCACCGUAUCCGAGACCGAGGAUGCUGAGCAAUCCCUGCCUGCACCCAUGGACGCCGACGAAGUUCGGCAGAGCCAUUUCGAUCGCCCUCUCAAGGAGGUCCGAGUGGGCGAGUCCCCUAGUCGGCCAUGGGGCAUUUCUGUUCCAAUAUACGAAUCUCAUGGUCUUGGCGGCGAAGAGCGCCCUCUCUCGCCACCACCGGCCCCGGUUUUUAUGCCAUCAGGCUCGGAGGGCGAGGAGACUCCGGCACCCAAGACUGGCAAAUGCCCUUUUGAUCACACCAAAAUGGCUGCGAUGGCCACGGCCCUCGAGGAGGUGCAGCCGCCCUCUCCCACGCGCGCGCCUAACUUGAUGUCAAAUGGAAUGAGCGACAACGUAUCGCCACAAAAAGCCGGAGGUGAAUGCCCUUUCGACCACGCCCAACUGGCUGCAAUGGGAUUUGCGUCACCGACGCCAAAUACCGGCGAACAGACCUUUGUCCACGCGGAUCCGGAUCCCGUCGAGCUGCCGUCGACUCCUGUCAAGCCGCAGCCUUCUCAGAGCGCACCGGCUCCAAUACAACCACAACAGCAGCAACAACAACUACCACCGACAUUCAUCAACCCGCCGCUGGACGCGAACAAGCAGUUCAACUCCAAUGGGGUACCACAAAUGGUCUUCACCGGUCCGGUAUUCAUUGGCUAUCCCAUUGAGCAGGCAAUCCAGUUCAUGCAACACUUUCAGGGGAGGCAAUAG